CCACCAUUGUAGUGAGACAACCCAAAACAUUCAAUACACACAAAAAGUAAGGCUGAGAGUUUUCUUUUUCUUUCCUUCCUUCCCAACCAAUUUCACAAUUAUUAAGUGAGCCUUCAGAGUACUGUUCUUCAAGAUCUCCCCUAAUUUCUGUUAAUCCCCGCUUCUUGAUCUCCCUUUCUGUUAAUCAUCUUUCUUUUUAUAUGUUUUGAUCUUUGGAUUCGUAUUAAUCUGGGUUUUAUUCUGUUUAUUUGAACCAAAUUUCAAACUGUAUUUCAAAGGUUAGGUGUUUUUCAGAAGAGAUCCUUUUCUUUUUUUAAGUUUUGGGUUUUUUUAAUUUGAUUUUGAUUUGAUUUUAUCAGCUUAGAGGGUGAAUUUUUGUUCCCUCAAAGUUGGGUUUUAUUUUAAAGGGAAGAGAAUUCUAUUUGUUUCUACUUUCCUUGAUUUUUAUAAAUAUUUAAACCUGUUCUUGAAUUUUAUUUAGUAACAGGUUGAUUUUUAUUUUUGAAAAAAAUCCCAAAAAAAAAAAAAUUAUUUCUUUUGGUUAAAAUGGCAGCUACAACAAUGGAUAGUAGUUCUAUGUUGUUUAGUAGUAAUAGUAAUAGUAAUUUAGACCCAUUUGGGAAUGAACUCAUGGAAGCUAUUUCACCUUUCAUGAAAUCUAACCCUACUUCUUCUUCUUCUUCACUUUCUUCACUUUCUCCUCUUCCUUCAACUUUCUCAACCAUUUCUUCAUUUUCUUCAUCUUCCAUUCCUCAAGAUCCUACCAUUUUCUUUCAGGAUGGUUGCUAUUUUGAGCAAGCCUCUUUUUAUGGGCUUACCCAUCCUAUCCCAUCAUCUUCUUUUGGGCUUGACCCAUUUACCCAAGCCCAAGCCCAAACCCAAACCCAAUUCAAUUACCCACAAAUCCAAACCCAAACCCAACAACCCGUCUACUCUUACCCACCACCUCUACCUAGCUACAACAGCUUUUUAUCCCCUAAACCCAUCCCCAUGAAGACAACUGGUACACCCCCGAAACCCACAAAGCUUUACAGGGGGGUAAGACAACGUCACUGGGGAAAAUGGGUAGCUGAGAUCCGUUUACCAAAAAACAGGACCCGUUUAUGGCUUGGAACCUUUGAUACAGCUGAAGAAGCUGCUUUGGCUUACGACAAAGCAGCUUAUAAGCUAAGAGGUGAUUUUGCUCGUUUGAAUUUCCCCAAUCUUCGCCAUGAAGGGUCCCACAUAGGAGGCGAAUUCGGGGAGUAUAAACCCCUUCAUUCCUCUGUUAAUGCUAAACUUGAAGCUAUUUGUGAAAGUUUAGCCAAACAAGGGAAUGAAAAACAGGGGAAAUCUGGAAAACCCAAGAAAAAUAGUUCAUGUAAUAAAAACUCAUCUUCAUCUUCUUCAUCUUCUUCUGUUGCAGCUUCUUCUUCCAUUGAUCAAGCUCAGUUGCCGAUAAAUGAUGUAAAGGCAGAAAGUGCAUCCGAAAGUGAAGUCGGUUCAGGGGGGUCAUCUCCAUUAUCGGAUCUAACCUUUGGAGAUGGUGAAGAAAUGGGUGCAGAGCAAUUCUUGCUUGAAAAAUACCCAUCUGAGAUUGAUUGGGAUGCUAUUCUAAAAUACCAAUCUGAGAUUGAAAAUUGUAACAAUGUAUGAUUAGUAGAUUUAAAUUGGAUGUGUCAUCAGAAUCAGUCAGAGUUUUAUUAUUCUUGUGUAAAUUUAGGGUUUAGUGAGAAGUAGUGAGUCAGGAACAGGGGAAGUCAUCUUUGCAAUGAAGUUUUUGGAAAUUGCAGAGACUCCAAAAUAUGUAAACCACAUGAUUUAGGCAAGUGUGUUUUUGAUCUUGCCUUUUCAUUGAUGGGUAGUCUUUUUUUCUUUAUUUUUUUAAAUUUAAUCUAAUGUUUUUGUUAUUUUUGUUCAUACUAGAUGGAUCUAGGUUGUAAUUUGAUGACCAUUGUUAGUGGAGUAUUAUUAUUAUUAUUAUUAUUA